CUGGAAAGCAAAAGUGGAUCCUCUUUGAAGCCAAAUCACAUUCACACCCAAACAUAUACAAAGCAAAGCAAAAACCUCAAAAUUUCCAAUGUGAAAAUAGGUUUGGAGGAGAAUUUAUUUGUCUAAAGGCAAAGGGUGUAGGCUUACCUGUGAAUUGGACUAUUGGAGGAUAGUUUUUACUCCAAUCCAACAAAGAGUUUAGUGUGGCAAUUGUUGUCGUUUAACUAAGCUUUAUGUGGUAAAUGGAUAUGGUGAUUUGUUACAUAGAGGGGUGCUUUUUGGAGGAAAGUAGUGGCAUGUAAGUGCAGUAUUGAUUGGGGGGAUGGGUGUUCAAAGGUGGUCCGAGGAUGAUAUGGAGUCUGUUUAUGUUUGUUCAGGUUGGAAUUAUUUUGCUAGGUUUGUGUCUUUUUCGGCCAAUGCUCAUUUUUGGCUUGAUUGUGGUGUAGGGAUGGGGUUCUGAAGGAUGUGUUUCCCAACUCUGUUUAGCAUUGCAAAGGAUAAGGGGAUUACUAAUGCGGACUAUUUGAGUUGGAGUGAUAGUUCCGUGGUUAGGGAUGUUACUUUUAUGAGAUUCUUAUAUGAUUUGGGAAUUGGAAGGGAUGCUCACUUUUAUGGUACUUCUCUACUCAAUAAGAAUGAAGAGGAAUGUGGAAGAUAAGUUGUAUAAACGGCCUACUAAAAGUAGUUUAUUUGAGGUUAAGUCUUUUUAUAGAGUUCUUACCAAUGGAGGUUUCCAGACUUUUCCCUGGAAGAGUAUAUGGAGCGUCAAAAUUCCACUCAAGACUACCUUUUUUACUUGGACUGCUGUUAUGGGUAGGGUCCUCACGAUUGAUGAUCUUUGCCAUCAUAUGGGUAUAGUUUCAAUGGGUUAUGCCUCAAGGAUCAUUGAUGUGUUGGCCUGCUGGAAGGGAUGGUUCACUAGAAGGGGUUUUGGUGAUGCGUGGUGUGCAGUACCUUUUUGCCUGAUGUGGUUGAUUUGGAAGAAGUGUAACUGUAAAGCAUUUGAAGUGGAUAUGGAAGUGGAUGAUGGAAAUGGGAGAUUAGAAACUUCUGCUGCAGGGGAACAAAGUACAUGUGAUGUUGACACAAAUCAAGAACCAUAUGUGGGUAUGGAUUUUGAAUCAGAAGAAGCUGCCAGAGCAUUCUAUAAUAAGUAUGCCAAACAAGAAGGAUUUUUAACACGUGUAUUAUCAUCCCGGAAGUCUGAGCGUGAUAGGUCAAUCAUCUCCCGUGGACUUGGAUGUAGAGGGGGUUCUGUUAACCGAAAGCAAGAUGGGCAGCGAGAGGUUUGCACAGCAAUGAUUCUGUUGAAGAGAGAGAAGUCAGGGAGAUGGGUGGUUAGGAAAUUUGUGAGGGAUCACAAUCAUCCAUUGGUGGUUCAAUUGCAAAAGAGUCAUCGAAUAAUUGAUGAGAAGGACAGGAAGAUUCAGGAAUUAACUGCAGAACUGCGAGUUAAGAAGCGAUUAAGUUCAGCAUAUCGAGAACAGCUACUUAAACUAAUGAAAGAUGUUGAAGACCAUAAUGAGCACCUAAGAACAAAAGUAGAAUUAGUUUUUGACAAUUUAAGGGAGUUUGAAGCUAAAAGGAAAGAAGUUUCUGACCGUAAAUAACUUCAGCAUAUAGUGAGUCACCAACAUAGAGCUGCAUAGCUAAUUGUAUCUAUGUACUAAGCAAGCAUCUACAGGGCUCCUAUAGAGAUAGUGGCAGAAUUUUUGUUGACAUAAGAGCUCACAGUGGUGUUUCUAGAUUGUUUAUUUUCAAGUAGGAAAAGGUAGCUAAUUGUAAGCCUUCGUAGUUAAUGCAUAGGCGUAUUUGUAAAGAGACCUAUACAGCGGCAAAUUUCAUCAAUCUUGUUAACAUGUAAAAGUGGAAUUGAUCAUUACAAUAAUAUACAUAUAUAAAUGUUUGGUGAUAGAAGUGAAAGACCUUGACAGAA